ACAACACGUACGAAUGUGGUCUUUACUCUCUACACAAUGCCGAGUUCGAUCUUUAUAUUUGUUCUCUGUGCGGUCUCUAUCGGGGCAACCGAACACUACCAGUACCGAAUUAUAAACAGUGAUGUCGACGAGUUGAUUAUUGACUAUAAUAAAAACGUAUUCAAUUACAACGGGGAUACGAUUCGUCUGAACGACUUAAACUGCAGCUACGGCGAAGUGUUCGGGUACAAGUUUAACAUGUUCAGAGCCACCGGGGGGACUGCCAAGUAUCUGUCCACGGCUAGCAGAAGAGGUGAUGCCAUCGCCAUGAGCACGCCGACCUCCGUCCAUCUCACUCUGCGUGGAGGACUGGACCGGCUGGAGAUCACUUACAAGAACUCUUUCGUCUCAGUCGUCUUUGGAGAAAUUCCUACUGGUGGUUUUACUGUUCUAGUGGAGCGGAAUUCGGUCGGUUUUGAACUGACCCUCUACUUGAAUGGGGACAGUUGUGUGCCUAUCGUGGACAAAUAUUGGUUGGAGUAUUUUGACGGACUCGAUAUUCGCAUGGAGGGCGGCGGGUGGUACAGUUGGUUCUCCAACAAGAUUUUACACUGGCUGGCGGGAAAUUUGAAGAAGAUUAUUGAGGACCGGUUUGAAUCAGAGUUCGCAGGAUUUGUGGCGAAGUACAUGAGAGAAAAAUCUUUUUGUGAUAUUUUGAAUUACAUUAAAAUAUAAAUCCAGGAGGAACAAAUAAUAAAUAAAUUUAUAAAAGAGACUGACAGAA